ACAGUGUAGCCAACUCCAAAUGCGCAGGCUCCGCCUCAGUUUUGGGUGUGCCGGAGGUGUCGGAGUCUAAAGUGGCUGGUGGCUGGACUCCCGUAAAGCCCCCUGAUUUGUUUUCGGUUUGCGAGAAAACGAACACCCAGACUGAUGCGCAGACAAAUGCGAUACACCAUUGGUUGGUUUGUGGCGUCCGAACAGUUUGGUCCCGGCAAAUGCGGACAAUUUUGGGGUAGGCGUUGAAGAUGCCCGUAUUUACAACCGAUAUGAUCAGGGAGUAGACCUAACUUGUGGUGCAUGGUACUGAAAUUAACGAAGAGACAUGGGUAGUUUACUGUUUACACACAGAGAUUCCAAACGUAUGUACGUAUGUAGGUAGAAUGGAUCGAGCGAUACGUAUAUUUUCUGUCUCGGAGGGAUCGAACUCAAAUCUACUUUUCCUAGCAAGGACAGUCUCAGUAUUUCACCAACCACCAUAUCGUGCGCUACAGAUGGAGCAUGUACGGCCGUGCUUUAGCAUCUUUUCACAUCCCGCAAUCCGGACCGCUCGAUCUCAAUCUCGAUCGGGUGGCGGAAAUCGUGGCCGUCCGGCCUCGAUCUCCCCGAUCGGGCGGCUUUAGUGGCCGAGGACCGGAAGAACCCUAACCACCAGACUAGGGCUAGCUCUCUCCUGUACAGACACACACAAACACACGCGCAAGCCACCAUGCCAUGCCAUGCCAUGCAAGGCUUCUCCGGCCUAUAAAUAGAGGGUGGCCUCUUCACACCUUCCUUGAGCACAAGCCAGACAGCCACUCUCCAACCACCACUGGUUAGCUAGCUAGCUAAUCAUCACACACACUAAACUUAAUUAACAAGAGAGGUAGCGCCAGUAUAUGGGAAGGAGGUCGUCCUUCUUCUGCGCCAUAUUCAGCUUCUCGCGGAGGUCGAGGCGGUACGCCUACGUCGACGACGAGGAUAGCGACUGGGAGCAGCCGCCGGCGCCGGGGCUGCGCAAGGUCAGGUCCAGCGACGAGGACUCCGGGUGGUGGGUCGGCGAGCGCGACGUCGACCAGAAGGCCGCCGACUUCAUCGCCAGCUUCCGCCAGAGGAGCCUCGUCGCCUGAACGCCCAGCUGCCGCCGACGCCGCCUAUACAUGUACGUACGUGCCCAGCUAGGGCGUACGUCCAGGUUAUCGCGUACGUAUAGGGAAUAAGAUCGAUCUGCCGGGAGCUGGCGCAAACGUACGUGCCUAGCCAGCUUCCCGAUGAGCUAGUAUUUAUGUAGACAUAUCAAGUGUGAGUGUGUGUGUGUGUGUGUGUGUGUGUUGAUGUGAUCAUAUGUUAUGUAUCUUCGGUUGUGCAGUACGUGUGCGUGAGUACUAUCUAGGUUUCGUAAGUGUUCUGUCGAAUAAUGCAGCCCAAGAGAUGACAAGGGAUUUAAUGAAAUCAUGUACGGGUGGUGUGUGUGUGUGUCUAUAUAUAUAUAUUAUAUAUUGCAUGUA